GUCGCCCCGGCCAGCGGUAGGAUUAUGAGGGAGCCAUGAGGCCGCUGCAGAGCUGGCUGCUCGCCGCUCUCCUCUCGCUCACGCCUCGGGCAGGUCCCGCGGCGGUGGCCGCGCACGCCGGUGCUCUGCAGCGGAGGUUCCCGCGGGCCGGAUGGCAGGACGGGCGCCUCGUGUCCCAAAUCACCCACCCCAGCAGGUUAGUGGGGCAGAGCUCAGGAGGAGAAGUCCAGAAGCAUCAGCUGGACACCAGGGUCAGGAAUGAGCCUAGAGGAGGAGGAGGAGGAGGCGGCCCUGCGGCGCACCUGGCGCGCGUGAGCUUCGUGGUGCGCGCCUUCGGCAACGCCUUCACCCUCGACCUGCGGCUCAACCACCACCUCCUGGCCUCGCGCUACGUGGAGCGGCACCUCGGCGCGGGCGGCAACGGCAGCCACAGCCCGGGCACAGGCGAGCACUGCUACUACCAGGGCCGGCUGCGCGGGCGGCCCCGCUCCUUCGCGGCGCUCUCCAGCUGCCAGGGCCUGCACGGCGUCUUCUCCGAUGGCUGGGACACCUACAUGAUCGAGCCGCGCGCCGGCGCUGAGCGCGGGCAGGGCCUGCGGCCGCACGUGAUCCGCCGGGCCCCGUGGGCCGCGCGCACCGGGGCGGCCGCCUCAGGCGUCGCCCACCGCCCGCAGGUGCGGCGCGCCCAGCACACGGUGCACAGCGAGACCAAGUACAUCGAGCUGGCCGUGGUCAACGACCACCGGCUGUUCCUGCAGCUGCGGCGCUCCGUGGUGCUCGCCAGCAACUUUGCCAAGUCCGUGGUGAACCUGGCCGACAUGAUCUACAAGGAGCAGCUCAACACCCGCAUCGUGCUCGUGGCCAUGGAGACCUGGGCCGCGGAGGACAAGAUCCGCGUGGACGAGGACUCGCUGGAGACGCUGGCCCAGUUCAUGAAGUACCGCAGGGAGGCCAUGCCGGAGCCCAGUGACACCGUCCAGCUCUUCUCGGGCCACACGUUCCAGAGCAGCCGCAGCGGCAGCGCCUUCGUGGGGGGCGUCUGCUCGACCACGCGCGGCGGGGGCGUCAACGAGUACGGCAACGUGGCGGCCAUGGCGGUGACGCUGGCGCAGACGCUGGGGCAGAACCUGGGCAUGAUGUGGAACAAGCACCGCAGCUCCGCAGGCGAGUGCCGGUGUCCGGACGUCUGGCUGGGCUGCAUCAUGGAGGACACAGGCUACUACCUCCCGCGCAAGUUCUCCCGCUGCAGCAUCGACGAGUACAACCAGUUCCUGCAGGACGGCGGUGGCAGCUGCCUCUUCAACAAGCCCCUGAAGCUCCUCGACCCGCCUGAGUGCGGCAACGGCUUCGUGGAGGCGGGCGAGGAGUGCGACUGCGGCUCGCUGGCGGAGUGCGCCAGGAGCGGUGGCAACUGCUGCAAGAAGUGCACGCUCACCCACGACGCCAUGUGCAGCAACGGGCUGUGCUGCAAAGGCUGCAAGUACGAGCCACGUGGUGUGUCCUGCCGCGAGGCCGUCAACGAGUGCGACAUCCCCGAGACCUGCACGGGCGACUCCAGCCAGUGUCCCCCCAACCUGCACAAGCUGGACGGCUACUUCUGCGAGAACGAGCAGGGCCGGUGCUACGGCGGCCGCUGCAAAACCCGAGACCGGCAGUGCCAGGCGCUCUGGGGCCGCGGCUCAGCAGAGCGGUUCUGCUACGAGAAGCUCAACGUGGAAGGGACCGAGCGGGGCAACUGCGGGCGCGAGGGCCCGGGCUGGACGCAGUGCAACAAGCAGGACGUCCUCUGCGGCUUCCUCCUGUGCGCCAACAUCAGCGGGGCGCCGCGGCUGGGCGAGCUCAGCGGCGACAUCGCCACCACGACCUUCUUCCACCAAAACCGCUACGUGGACUGCAGGGGCGGCCACGUGCAGCUGGUGGACGGCUCGGACCUGAGCUACGUGGAGGACGGCACGCCGUGCGGGCCCAGCAUGCUGUGUCUUGACCACAAAUGCCUUCCAGUGUCGGCCUUUAACUUCAGCUCCUGUCCCGGCAGCUGGGAUGGGAAGAUCUGCUUUGACCACGGCGUCUGCAGCAACGAGGGCAAAUGCAUCUGCCAGCCCGAGUGGACGGGCAAGGACUGCAGCGUCUACGACCCCAUCCCCGAGCCAAAGCCCACGGGCGAGACGGAGCGAUACAAGGGUCCCAGCGGCACCAAUAUCAUUAUUGGCUCCAUCGCGGGGGCCGUGCUGGUGGCUGCCAUCGUCCUUGGGGGCACAGGCUGGGGAUUUAAGAACAUCCGGAAAGGAAGGUACGACCCGGCGCAGCAGGGCGUGUAGCCCCCGUCCCGUCUGCCGUCCGCCUCCACCCUCCCC